AUGUGGACGACCAAUAGACAACGCUUCGCUAGACUCUGCUGGUUUCCGCUGGUGUUGUCCAGACCUGCCAUUCGAAACGCUCUGAGCGCUAAUCUCUCCGCUUUCACUGAUAACCACCAUGUCUUCCUCCGGGACUGGGAGCUCCCCCAGCAUCGAGAUUUUCGAAAUCCGCGUUACAUCGCAAAACGUUCUCAAAUCUGUCGAGCUUUCGAUUGGAUCGGUCAAGCGGGAAUCACCCUGUCUCCUAGGCGCAAAGACCCACAAAUUCGAGUUGCCAUCCCCCUGCAUUGGACGACAAACCCAAUCCAAGCAGUCAACUUUCACCUCCAGAGCCCCUCUGUCUUCGAAACUUUUUACUCUAAAGAAUGGUCGAAAUCAUUCGACAAGUUCGAUGUCGUCCUUAAAGUGAAGUCUAGCCAAAACGCAGGGAGUGGUGUAGGGAAAUCUUCCCUUAUCAAUGAAUGCUUCGGCGUCAAGGAUGCUGUGAGGUCACUUCCCCGUCUUGUCUAUCCGCUGCUAAAGCUUGUCCUCCCCCAGACCGUGUCUGAUCUCAAGGCUGGCGUGUCAAAUAUCAAUACUGAGAUCAAAGCAAAGGAAAACGGAAGGUUUGUUCUGCACGAUAGUCAGGGCUUCGAGCAUGGGGAGGGUGACAACUUCAAGAAAGUCGUCGAUUUUUUGAAAGCUCGGAAGGACAUGCCCAAUGUGAGGGAUCAGGUACAUGCUGUCUGGCUUUGUUUCCAAGUAUCCGUGUCUGAAGGUGAUCGGUUGUUCGAGGCUGGGGUGGAGGAGUUAUUCCGCAUGAAGUCCAAAGGAGAACUUGGCCCUGUUCCUGUGAUCACCGUGUUUACGAAGUAUGAUCGGCUGGUAACACAGGUUAAGUUUGGUAACAACAAUGAGUUCAUGCACCGCACGAAAACCUUGGAUGCAGACGCGCGCAAUGCACUUCUGGUCAAAGAGGCAAAUGAAAGGUUCGAAACACUUUGUGUCCGUCCCUUCAGGGCGGUGGUCGGCCCAGAUGUCCCCCACAUUUCUGUCUCAACUAAGAAAGAAUACAUAAAUACCUUGAAGGACCUUACUGCACUCACCGCAAAAUACGUAAAAGAAUGCCUCGCGGUUGACGUUGCGGAAGAAGUCGCGGUGCUCUCUGCUGUUGCUCAACGCGUGAACCCAGCUAUGAAGAUCGAUGCGGUGAUUGCAAUUGGCAAGAAGCGAUAUUGGAGGGGCCUUGCUUCCAGCGCGAACUUCCCGGGGAAAACUAUAGACGCAUGCCUUCGAGUUUUACACACUGAUAUUGUGCGAGUGUGGAAUAUGCAGGAUGAAUUUGGGCAUCUCGAGAGCAAAGAGUUCAGGGCAUUAAUGACCACACUUGCGGGAGAGCAAUAUGACGAGCUGUCGGAUCCCAAUACGACAAUUAUUCGCGCUUCCCCGCUGUUUGUUGCUUUAACUGGACUCGUUGGGGGUUUAUCCGGACCCGCUGCUCCUAUUGUGAUUCCUAUCGCUGCAGUUGUAGUCCUCGCAAAGUGGGGAUACGAUGUAUAUAAGCAAUCGGAGCUUAUCGUACAACGUCUAAUGGCGUACAUCGUUGAUUUCACCAUCAUCAUGCAAAUCAUCUUUGGCCUCGUGGUUAACGCCCAACUGCACCUUACCCGUCGCCUGAUCAAGCUUGCCUUCGCCACGUACAACUGUUCACUAGAAAGAAGAGCUGUCCACAAUGAGAUUCGGGAUCAUGUGAAGUUGGCAGGUCGCGCCGACCGGGAUGCAGCACUUGCGGAGAUGCUUCGACUGAUCAAGAACUACCAGAUGAACCCUGAGGACAUGGACAAGCUACAAUUCACGAUGGGGGAGGGGUUUGAUAAUGAUGAAGAUGAGCCCUGGGACGUCCCCAAAGCCUGA